ACCCUGCUCUCCUCCACAAAACCCCAAGAGCCUGAAGCCUGCCCUUCAAGUCACAGAUUCCUUAUGUGACCUCACUGGAUAGUGAUGACUUCACAAGCCUUCUCACAGUUUCCAUGGCAGAGUAACGACGCAAACGUGAUGCUCUCGGGGAAACUUCCCUACCAGUUCUCUACCAGAUACCAAUCUGUUCGGUUGCCUGAGAGAGAAUGUCUGACCGGAUCUUCUAUAUUCAUUCUAACUUGUCCUCUGUCCCCUGGGAGGGCAGCAUAGCAGCAACAGUGGCUCCCAUUUCUCCUCCUACACCUGGUCACUACCAUGUCCUCUACCGAGGCUGUGGAGAAACCCAGGUGGGCUGGCAUGGAGAGACAUACUGCCUGGUUGGUGGCUACCGGACCUAUGGGGAUGCUCCUGUGGUCACCCCAGCAAAGGUGGAAGCAGAGAAACCAAUUUCCAGCAGGGCUCUCCAGAGGCCAGAAUCGGAUAAAGACCUAGGUUGCUCCAGCCCCCAAAUUUGACGAUUGCAGUGUGGUGGCAGGAGGCUGACCCCACAGAAGCUCAGUGGCUGAGCCACUCUGUGGGGAGGGCAAACAUUUAACCACCUAAGACAGCCAAUGCCUCUUCCUGCAGUGACUCCGACUAUCCACCGCUGGAACUAGAACCUGAGCCGCUCUGUCUCAGCCUUCCUCAGCCAGGAGCCUCCUUCCAUACUAACUGGCCGUGGGCAAGGAGCCUUGGAACUGAGGUUUAAAGGAAGAGGCUGCUCUGAACAUCCCAGGGCUAAAACCGGCCUGGAAGAAAACCUGACGUUUCUCUGCUCAAUCCUCUAGAGCCCCUUCUUGGGAAGAAGAAAGAAAAGUCUGCUGUCUUGGAGCCAAGGACGAUGCAAGAGCAGAGAGAGGGUUCAGAGUGGUCUUAGCAGGGGCCAAUCUAGCAGAUAGACUCCUGCCCUGAGUCACUGCCAGAAGCUGCCAACACAAACCAAGAGGAGCUGGGCUUUUUGAAACUGAAAAGAAGCAAUUUGCGUCUACCCAGGGAGCCUCUUGUCUGGAGCCAGGAGACAGAAUAGAGAGACCCAGGAAGACCUGCUUCCCAGAGCCAGAAGAAAACAGAGAGAAGAGUUGGGUGGCACCAACGCUGAGGCUCAUGUGCUCCUUCAUUCCCAGCCCUUUCUGCCCCAGUGGGAUUACUUACUGUCCAAUAAAAUGAUUUUGCCCAACA